UGGGACAGGCACCAGCCAUGAGGAUCCUGUACCUGCUCUUCCCCCUCCUGCUUCUGUUGGUGCAGGGUGCUGCAGGAUCCUCUCUGGCUCCAGGAAAUAAGGAGGAAUGUGAGCGAGAAAAUGGCUACUGUGGGUUUCUGAAGUGCUCUUUCCCCUUUGUCAUCAGUGGGAAAUGUUCAAGGUUUUUCUUUUGUUGCAAAAAGUAA